AAGGGGACGGCUUCCAGAGCCCGGUGUCCAGAGAUGGCUUUCCCUCCUCACCCCACCGCAGGCUAAUGUGUUCAGAGGGCAUCCUGUCGAGGUCCAGUCUGCAGCUGGGGAACAGCUGCCAUUUGGGAGAAAGGUAAUCCCAUGGUGAGCUGCCCCUGAAUCUGACCCAAAAUGGCCAGCGCGUCCGUCAAAGUGGCUGUCCGGGUACGGCCUUUCAAUGCGCGCGAAAUCAGCCGAGAUGCCAAAUGUGUGAUCCAGAUGCAGGGAAAAACCACCUGCAUCACCAAUCCCAAGCAGGCGAAAGAUGCCCCCAAGAAUUUCACCUUCGAUUAUUCCUACUGGUCCCAUACCUCUGAGGAGGACCCCAGUUUUGCUUCCCAGUGGCAAGUCUACAAAGACAUCGGAGAGGAAAUGCUGCUUCAUGCCUUUGAAGGCUACAAUGUUUGCAUCUUUGCCUACGGGCAGACGGGGGCUGGCAAGUCUUACACCAUGAUGGGCAAGCCGGAGACCGGCCACCAGGGAAUCAUACCUCAGCUCUGCAAAGAUCUUUUCGCCCGAGUGAAUGAGAACAAAUGCCCCAAUCUCUCCUAUUCUGUGGAGGUAAGUGCUGGCCCUGUCCCCUUCACCAGGACGGUGGCUGCCACCAACAUGAAUGAGACAAGCAGCCGCUCCCACGCCGUGUUCACCAUCGUAUUCACGCAGCACCGCCAUGAUGAGCUCACGGACCUCGACACAGAGAAGGUCAGCAAGAUCAGCCUGGUCGACCUGGCUGGGAGUGAGCGAGCCGAUUCGUCUGGAGCCAAAGGCAUGCGGUUAAAGGAAGGUGCCAAUAUUAACAAGUCCCUGACCACCCUGGGCAAGGUCAUCUCAGCACUGGCAGAGAUGCAAAGCAACAAGAAAAAGAAGUCCGAAUUCAUCCCUUACCGGGACUCGGUGCUCACGUGGCUGCUGAAGGAGAACCUGGGUGAGGGGAAGGCGGCCUGGUCCUUGACACCCCUUCCUCGGGCCCUCCUGCUCUCCCCCAGGUACGCCGACCGGGCCAAGCAGAUCCGCUGCAACGCGGUCAUCAACGAGGAUCCCAACGCCCGGCUCAUCCGGGAGCUCAAGGAGGAAGUGGCCAGACUGCGGGACCUCCUCUCUGCCCAGGGCUUGUCAGCCACCACCUUUGCGGGUUCGAAGCCCGAUGACCCGGGAGGUGGAUCCAGCCUUCCCCCCUCCCCUUUUGCGCCCACGGCUGAAUUGCCCCUCGCCCUCAAUGGGGAGCUGGAGCCCUACUCCUGCGUGGAGGACCAGAUUAUCUGCACGGAGGAGGCCAUGGAGAGGCUGCAGGAGACUGAGAAGAUCAUCGCUGAGCUCAACGAAACGUGGGAGGAGAAACUGCGCAAGACGGAGGCGAUCCGGAUGGAGCGGGAGGCGCUCCUGGCGGAAAUGGGCGUGGCUCUCCGGGAGGAUGGGGGCACCGUGGGAGUCUUCUCCCCCAAGAAGACUCCACACCUGGUUAACUUGAAUGAGGAUCCCCUGAUGUCUGAGUGCCUCCUUUACCACAUCAAGGAUGGCGUCACCCGAGUCGGCCAGGAGAACGUGGACAUCAAGCUGACCGGGCAGUUCAUUAAGGAGCAGCACUGCCUCUUCUGCAGCAGCACCACGGAGUCUGGAGAAGUUGUUGUCACGCUGGAGCCAUGUGAGGGCGCGGAGACCUAUGUCAACGGGAAGCAGGUGACGGAGUCGCUGGUGCUGAGAUCAGGGAACCGGAUUGUGAUGGGCAAGAACCACGUCUUCCGCUUCAACCACCCGGAGCAGGCGCGGAUGGAGAGGGAGCGGAACCCCCCGCUGGAGAGCCCGCUGGAGCCCGUGGACUGGAACUUCGCCCAGCGGGAGCUGCUGGAGAAACAGGGCAUCGACAUCAAGCUGGAGAUGGAGAAGAGACUCCAGGACCUGGAGAGCCAGUACCGGCGGGAGAAGGAGGAGGCCGACCUUCUUCUGGAGCAGCAAAGACUGUACGCAGACUCGGACAGUGGUGAUGACUCGGACAAGCGCUCGUGCGAGGAGAGCUGGCGCCUCAUUUCCUCCCUGAGGGAGAAGCUCCCGGCCACCAAAGUGCAAACCAUCGUGCGCCGGUGCGGCUUGCCGAGCUCCGGCAAGAAGCGGGAGCCGUUGCGCGUGUACCAGAUCCCGCAGCGCCGCCGGGUUGCCAAGGACCCCCGCUGGCUGACGCUGGCCGACCUCAAGAUGCAGGCCGUCAAGGAGAUCUGCUACGAGGUGGCCCUCAACGACUUCCGCCACUCCCGCCAGGAGAUCGAGGCCAUGAGCAUCGUCAAGAUGAAGGAGCUGUGCCGCCUCUACGGGAAGCGCGACCCCAACGAGCGGGACAGCUGGCGGGCCGUGGCCCGGGACGUGUGGGACACUGUCGGGGUGGGCGAGGCGGAUGGCACCGCGGGCAGCGGCGGCCCUGGCGGGGGGACCUCCGAGGGCCGAGCCGGCAACCCCGGCACGGACGUCGACGACCUCCGGGCCCACAUCGACAAGUUGACCGAUAUCCUCCAGGAGGUGAAAAUACAGAACAACAUGAAGGAUGAGGAGAUCCGCUCUCUCCGGGACCGGGUGGUCAAGAUGGAGCGGGUCAUCCCCAUUUCUGCCCAGGAGGACGAAGACCUGGAGAACGAGUGGGGCUCCUUGCUGCUUGCGGAAGGCCUGGCAGCGGUGGACCAGGAGGCCAAGGAGCAGCCAGAGGGCCAGGGGGAGGCGGAGGAGGCCUCCUGCUACGAGCGGGUCACCCGCCUGAUGGAGAAGGACCCUGCCUUCCGGCGCGGGCGCCUCCGCUGGCUCCGGCAGGAGCAGGCCCGGCUCCAGAACCUGCAGCAGCAGCAGCUCAGCCAGUCCCUGCGCCGCAGCCAGCCCCACCGCACCGCCCCCGGCAAGUUCAUCCCCCCCCAGGACUGCAAGCUGCGCUUCCCCUUCAAGAGCAACCCCCAGCACCGCUACUCCUGGGGGCCCAACUCUGGCUUCAUGGUGGGGGGCAGCAGUGGGGAGAAGGAGCCGGGGGCUGGCGGCACAGAAGCCUCCCAGGCCCCGAGCCCCAAGCCCGCCCACCAAGGCGGCGCCCAGCCCCAGCAGAAACGUGCGGCCCGCCCAGCCCGGCGCAACUCCCUGGAAGGUGGGCAGCGGGGCAGGCGCGGACAGGGCCAAGAGCACUACCAGGCCCGCAAGCACAACUACUCCCCCCGCCAGCACCAGCCGUACCCCCAGCUCAGCCUGAGGGAGGGGCAGCUGCUGUUGGACUUGGGCCUCUCCAGACUACUGCUGCACAAAGCUGGGACCGCGCAAGGGCCGGCCACGGGCACAGCGCUCCGCCGCCUCCGGGGCCUUUCUUUGGCCGGCGGCGGGAGCCCUGCCCUGAAGGAGCCUGGAGCGGCCCUUGGGCGCCGAGGGAGGGAGUUUCGCCUGGAGGCCCCGCCCCCGCCGCCCUUUUGA